CAAACACCCCCUAUUUAAACCUCAAUUUUCAUGUUUGGGUAGCAAAGGACACUUUAAACUAAUAGUUGCAAAUUAUUUCUUAGCAUAAUUAGAAGCAUAUUAUAUAGGUUUUGUUUAGCUGAAGCAUCAUUGGCAUUAAAAAAUACCCUUAAUCUGAGACUCACUUCACUCUUCCCAAGAGGUCAAAAAAAGUGACAUUUUUAUACCAAUAUUACCAAUGCACUUUGAAUAUAAGUAAAAAAAUUAUCCUCGGGUGAAAAUGAAACUAAAUAUAACUUAACUAUAAAGAAAUGGACGAUGCACAAUAUGAAUGGACUAGUUUGCGGUGUUCGAUAAGUACCUUAAAAUGAAGGUGUUCGAUAGAUGUGGAAACAAGAAGCAAUGUUUAUUUGCUCCAGCUUCUAGCAGUGGGUUCCAUGAUGUGAACCUAAGUGCCUGUCAAGAUUAAAACUUAUAUUACAGCAUCAAAUUGUAAGGCUAGGCGACAGGAAUAAUUUAAUGAUGGAAGUAGUUACUAGUCAACAUGAAAAACUAGAUCCCCACAUAGCUAUAUGUGAAUCUAAAAAAAUGUUAAAUUCUUGAAGUACAAGAUCAUUUCUUGUUAAGUAAGAACAGAGUUGAAAUCCUGCUGUUUCUCAAGAUAAAAUGAAGAACUUGUUUCACUGAACACCAUGAUGAGCUCACUGCUGACUAAACUGAAGACAAGCUCUCGGGUCUAUCAAGACGCAGAGAAUAAAAAAAGUUCAGAAGCUGCAGCUGAAGAAAAUGCUUUGGGUGAAGAACAAGACACCAUUACUGGAGGUAUUUCUGGGACUCUGGCUAUUUCAGACCUCACCUUGAAAACACCAACAGACACAAAUAAAGACUUCCACUAUGAUGUGCCAUGUGAUGGGAGUUACACGAUGUCUAGUAACGUAAGUUUUGAAGUGAUUUCAGCAGAAGUUGUGAAAGAAGGAAGGUCAGGCCAUGUGAACUACACCAUUCUGAUCAAGCCAGACAAAGAUGCCUUGAGGACCAUUCCCACAGUGGUCAAGAGAAGAUAUUCCGACUUUGAACAUCUGCACCAACAGCUAAGGAAAAGAUUUCCAUCAAUCAUGGCCAACGUACUCUUCCCUCGCAAGGUGCUUCUUGGUAACUUUACUAGUGAAACCAUUGCCAAGAGAAGCACAGCUUUUGAGCAAUACCUGACUCAUUUGUUUUCCUUCUUUGAGAUUAGAUUCAGCAGCGACUUUUUGUAUUUUUUUGUCCUGGAGGAUUUCUCAGAUGCCAUCCGGUAUUUUGUCCAAAAAGAUUACGGCAAAGCUGUGCUGUACUUUGAGAAGAUACUACCUGUCCUUGAAAAACUUUAUGGGGACUCACAUCCACAUGUUUUGAAUUGUCUCUGUGGGCUUGUGGUCUCUUAUAUGAAACUGGAGAAAUACGCUGUAGCUGAAGCCUGCUCCCAAGUUGCCUUGAAGUGUAUGGGUGCGAUCAAUGAUGAAACCAUGGCCUCACUUUUGAUGACCAGCAUUCGGUUGUGCUGGACAUUGGGCAAAGACAAGCAGGACUUAGAAAAAAAGGUUCAGGAUCUAAAGUCCAAAGGUGUGAGUGUAAUAAGAGACCUAAAUGAAGUCUUGAACGAAACAUUCCAAUUUAAGUCCAAUUAGUCAAAUAUAGCUAAAUAGAACUGAAUGAAAUUGAUGUCAUUUUUGACAUAUUUUCUUUCUCUUUUAAUCCUUGAACUGUCAGAACUGAAUUAAAUAGUUGAUAGGUUUAAAUUGUUCUGUGCAAUGCCUAAUUUUAUCCACUUAGACCAAACAUUGUUUCAAAAUAUGAUUAUUUGUAAUAAUAGUUUCUGGGAACUUUUCUUAUAAGAAGCAUAAAAAUAUAUUAUGUUUCAAUAUUUAUCAUCCCUUAAAUAAUGGAGGCUCUAUAGAUUGGAAGACUGUUGCAACACUAAAUGUUAAUAAGGAUCUGUUCAUCAGUAGAAGUUUCAGGUGCCAAGAUUUUUAUUGCUUUCAAUGAGAGUAUUAAUGAUAAACUAUAGCAUCUGUAAAAAAUGACAUAAUUAUAAAGAAAAUAAUUGCUUAUUAAGGCCAGUGUAAAAUUGCAUAAAAAACAAAAACAGAAAAUUACAUUAGAAUUAGUGUGACAACUUAGGGGUUCUCCUUCACCUGUCCCAUUGUCUGUUGGGGCUCUACACAUGAUCUAACAAUGCUCUCUCUCCACUCCUCUCCACAAAAAUGAUUGACAAUUACAAUUUCACUUUCUAUUAUAAUGUCAUAAGUGGAUUAUGCCCCUUUCCUAUUAAACAGAUUUUACAUUUUUGUAUUUACAGCUCUCUGAUCACACAUUAUACAAUGGACUUUUAUAUUUUUAAAAUACUAUUUGUUUUUAUGAAGUUCUAAUUUUAUAUUUAUUUUGGUACAACUUUUUUGCAUCUUUAAUUUAAGUGAUUUAAAUAUUUACUGCUAAUUGAUCAUUAUCGUCCUGCUUAUUGCCCCUUGUUCACAACACAAAAGUCUGAAAUUUAAGUUAAAAAAUUAUGUGUGUCUCAUUUGAACAAAUAAAUGAAAUUUUAAACUACAGUACUCAUUACAUUAUUUAAAAUUAAUUUCAAAAUGACUAAUGUAAAACUCCUUGAAUAUCAUUUUUUUCCCUCCACACUAAUCUUAGCAGUAAACGUCAUUGCUUUACUGUUUAAUAACUAUAUACUUUCAGAUUUUUCUAGGGUUGACAUUUUUAUUUUUGGUGAUUGCCUUUUAAUCAUGUUAUAUGUAUCAUUUUCCUUUUAUUUCCAUGUGCAAUAACUUUAUUCUCUACUCUUAAUGGAAAAAACUUUCUGAAAUGUAUUUAAAAACUCAAAAAAAAAGAUUUACUGCUGCAGGGGUGAACGGCUGUAUAGCCAGUAGGAUAAACAUGUAUAUAUAUGUAACCCUGCCUUGGGCCACGAGGCCUUCAUCAGCUAUAAAACAAACACAAAAAGACAAACAAUUAACACAAAAUAGUCUUAAGUUAACUUAUCCGUCCGAUGUUGUUCCCUAUCGAGGCAGAAAAGAAAUGAGCUACGCUGGUGUUAAAGUGCGGGAAAUCGGAAGGGGGUGGAGAUGUCAGGCAAAGACAAAUGGGAAAAGGGGAUAAUGUUAGUGUUUCUAAAUGUAUUUAGAAAAAAAAGUGAAUUUUUUUUUUUUUAGCAUUUCACAUGGUUUCUUUUAUUUCUCAAAAGACUUGAGGAAAUCCUAUAGGUUUAAUUGGCAGAUGAAUUUUGGUUCAUUUUUCUAAGGGGGAAGGUUAUUGAGUGAUGCCUAAGCUUAGGUCAACACUAACAGAGAUUCUUUCAUAAAUUGUUAGGUUCCUAUUAGAAAAGCAUGGACAUGGGAACCAUUUGGAUAGUCCCAUAAGCUUGCACAAGGACACUAGCUUGAGGUCAUCAGUUCCUAUUAUCACUCAGCUAUCAUGUCCCUUAAAUAGGAUGAAAUAUCAGCUGCUUGUAGCAUUCUCUGACAUGGAGAAUUUCUAGGAUACGGAGGCAAUGCUAUAAAUUGCUAGAUUCUUAAUGUAUCUAGUAUACAGAAUGUGACAGAUGAGCUAUGAGUGUGUGUGUGUGUGUGUGUAUCUUCAAAAGCAUAUUUAAUACUAUUUGAUCUCUGCACAAUUUACUUUAGAAAUUGUUUUGCUUGAAACACAAAGUAAUUUCUCUAUGUAGCAUCCCCUCAUCUUCCUUUCUUUGUCUUUCUGUUACAUUAAAUAUCACUUCCACAGUUAUCCAUAUCUCUUUCUUUUCUUUCUCUAGCUUGCUGUAUUUUAGUAUUUAAAAAAAAUGUUUUUUUUAAAACAUAAUCAGAUUUUAAUAAUCAAAUUGUACUCAUGUGUAAAAUAUCACAAAUGUUUGUUUUAGUGUCAAUACUGUGACUACUGUGUGUUACGUACAUGUUUUAAUCUUGUAAUAUUUUAUGUGUUGUGAGUAAUCUCACAAUAAGUAUAUUAUCUUACUUGUAAACUAUUUAAAGUAUUACUUAAUAAUUUGAGUUUGAAGUUGAUAACAUAUUCAAGUCUAAUUUAAACUCCGAAGUCAAACAUUCACAUGCCUACAUAAAACUUUCAAUGCUCAUUCGCAUAUUUAUUUAAAUUAUUUAUAAUUUAUUGUUUAAAAAAAUACCUUCAGAGGAUCGUAUUCUCAUGUAUUUUCUGUGUGAAGAACUAUGUCCUGUUGUUGCCAUUGUUAUAAGAUGGAACUCAAAGCUAGCCUCUGAUUGUAACUAUAUUGUGUUCUUUGAAAAUAGGGACUUUCAUUUGUAAACCUGUGCAUCUAUUAGGUCCCUUUUUUUUUUUUUAUUAAAUUGGCAUUUUAGUGGAGAUUUCCAUCCAUGGUGGAUACUUAGAAAUAGCUUGCAUUUUGGUUCAUUUUUGUUGUAUCUGGUGUACAGACUCUUGAAAGUGUUGAUAAUCUCUGUAGUGUAAAAAGGUUUACUGUUGUUUUUUAGCACAAAUUUUAGCACUUUUAAAUCAAAUUUUAAAGGUCUUUCUCUUGUAGCACAAACAAAUUUGUAUUAUUUAGUUGGCAUUAAUGAUCUUUCAAAAGGGUGUCCUUGACAUUGUUUAGUAUGUCUGUUACAAAAUCUAUCCCAAUCUUUUGAUUUUCUGACUUCUUUUGUUAGAUUUCCUGAUCACCUCCACAGUUUCUCCAUAUCAUAGAGUCUUCUUUUUUUAUAUUACUGUAUUUUAUUUCUUAAAAUAUUUAAACCCUGAUCUUUAAAAAUUGCAAUGCAAACAAAGAGUAGAUUAUUAUGUUUAAAAUUUAUUGUGGAAAUAAUCAUUUCACAGAAUCUCAGUUGUACCUUUCUGUUAUAGAUGAAAACAACUAGUUUGUUGUUAGCAUUAAUAUUGAAGGUUUGUUAACUUCUAGUCAAAUAGAAUUAUUAUAAUUUUAAUGCCUGCAAAUUUUUUUUUUUUCUAUGAAAGACUGGCCAACAAAUUCCAUGAUUGUCACUUCAACCAAGUCUUUACACAACAUUUACGAAUGGUUCUGGUUUCUUGAUGAGGACCACCUUGGAAUGUCUUUCUGUAUGCGUCAAUGUCUAAGGAGAUAUAUAUAAUAUUACUUACACAUUUUGGUUUUGAGAAUCAAAAAUAAAAUUGCAAAAUAGCUUAAAAAAACAAAGGGAAUUUAAAAUAAGCAUGAUAGAAAAUUCUUGUCCUUCCUCUAUGUUAGAGAAGCUUAUUUUAGAGAGGGUAUAUAAAUACCAGGGAAAAUAAUAAGCAGGAUCAGUCAAAUUAGUUUCAAACUACAUGUUAUGUCUACUUUUGUGAAUCUAUUCUUGAAAUUUAGUUCUAUUGUGCAGGUUUAAUCUUUUUUGUGAUAUCAGCUUUUGGAUCUUAAAACAUUUCAUUGGUAAAAAGGAAGUCUGGUAUUAGUUUACCUAAACGAGUACCUCCAGUAACACAUUGGAAUUCAGGUCAUCAGACUUAGUGUCAGAACAUACAGUGACAUAUUAGGAAAUCAACUCUAUUAUUACAAAUAGCAAUGGACCUAUAAAAACAUUAAAAAGUCUGGCAUUGAGGAAGAGGUAUGAUUCAUCUCAAAUGUAAUGUACAAAUGUAACAUGAAAACAUUGGAUACUAAGUUUCCUUCUAUUUUCUCAGUACGUGCUUUCCUUCAGUUUCUUUUCUUAAAAAAACAACAACUAAUUUUAUUGGUAAACUGUUAAGCUCCAUAUCAACAUCUUGAAACUUAUCACUAUAGAACAUACAAAGGAAGUAUCUAUUUUAAAAAAUAAAAAUAGGUGGCUUAUAAAAUCUCUUGGGUAAAAUAGCUACAUCAUAGUUAUUUUCUUUUUCUGCUUUCGUUUUAUAAAAUAAUAAUAAAAAAAAAUUGUGGAUUCAAUUUAAAAUCUAUAUACUAGUAGUUCUGUUUUUUUUUCAAAUGUGACUUUGGUCUGUUUUAACUGGACUUUGGUCUGUUUUAACUUGACUUUGGUCAAGCUGUAGACUUUGUAGGCCUAUUUGAAUGUAAAUAAAAGUGUGGUUUCAGAUGUUUUAUUUGUCUGACUUACAGGUUUUUGUAUUUAAAACAAUUAUCUCAGAUUUUUUCUUUUACAUUAUAUUUCUGUUCUUUUGGACCUUUUUAGUUUAUAAAAUCAUUUAACUUAUGGCCUGUCUGUAGAAAUGUUUUCUUAAUGUUCUUUAAAUUGCAUGCAUUGAUGUUUUUGUGUUUGGGGUGUAUCUCACUAAACUGCUGAAUUCACUGUUUUAACUAGAGUUUCUAAUUGAUAUUAAAAACUGAAUUUUAAAGUGUUCUAUUCACAUGAUGGAUGUGUAAUAUUUCCUGGUACCCAUCACUGACCUAUGUAACCACUAACUCUUAUUUUAUACAUUACAGAAUUUCCUGCAAGAAAUUUUUUUCUUUUUUAUUGAAUAUUUCUUUGCAUAAAAGAAAGUUUAUUGAAGGUAGAUGCACUUGUCUAUAUAAUGGUCCAUUACAGUUACUAUAUAUUAAGAAACAGCUAGGGGCUAUCUUCAGGGCAUUUGGUUGUAGUCUGAUUUAUGUAUGUAGUUUUAUGAUAUCUAUGAAUUAAUAAAACAGAAUAUUUGUUUAUAUGGACAUAGUUGGGGGGGGGGGGGAUAGUUUGUUAUAUUCUUUAUGUUGUUGGUAAACACUAUUUGUUGUUUUUACCAUUUGGAAAUGUAACUGACAUUCCAAGAAGUGGUGGAAGUUAAACAUAACACCUGGCUGUUCAAACACAUUUCUCUCGUACCAAAACUGUUUCUUAAGUGGCAUUAUCCCACUAGACAAGCUUCUAAGAGAGAGUAUUUAUAUAUUCAAUACAUUGUUAUGUAGAAAUAAAAUGGUGUAUUAGACCAAGUAAAAUAAAAUGAGCUGUUGAAAUCAAAAUCAAAUAUCUUAUUAUUCAAUUAAUUGUAAACCUUUUUCUGAAACAAACUCAAUUAUUGCUCAAAACAUGUACAGAUUGUGUCAUGAUGUCAUUUUAAAUGUGGGGUAACUAUUGUUGAUACAUUUUUAUAUUUGCAUCAAUUUAUGAUUUUUUUUUUUGAGCCAUGAUUUAGUUAACACUUAAUCAAACAGGAAUAUUGUUUGAGCUCUGCAUUAGGUCUCUCUCUCUGGCUGUGAGUGUUGACAGUGAAAUGGCCUGGAUGUACUUGUUGUGAAACAUUUGGACAACUUUCCUUCUUUAGAAUAAGUCCCAGUAAAGCUUGCCUUCAAGACUAACACCAAUCUUUCUAACUAUUGGAUGACACAAAUUAAGUCAUCUAGGUAGAUACACUUGUUUGAGAUAACAAAAAUAUUUAUGGAUUUAACUGACAACUCAUUCCUUGACACUGGGAGUAAAAUUCUAUCCUAAAAUAGUUUCAAAAACUUCAUACAAACAUGUUUUAUUUCCAGUUGAUUGAAACCCAAUGUCUCAAAUAUGUUCAUGUUCAGUGACUCACGUUCAUUUGCUGGUUCUAUUUUGUUGUUUAUUUUGUGUAUGUGUUCAAAAUAAAAAUCUUGUUUGUUUUUUUAUGUA